UUCAACCCAGCUAAGGUGUCGACCAUGUCAUCUUUGAUGUUAAAGUACUAGGAAACAUUGCUGAAAAAGUUCAAUGCCUUCAUUUAGUCAUCAUUGAAGGUUGUUGCAUCCACUUCUCGAGAUUGUUUGUGUGCAAUAAUUCUUUUUUGAGUUAUUACAACAUCAUUUUUGGGGUUUCUUGAUUAGAGAAGAUGACGAGAAGUGGUAUCCAUAUGUUUGCCAUGUUUAAUGUUGUGAAGAUAGAGCAUGGCCAGGGUGAAGGUGUUGACAAAGGGCAAGGACAGGGGAUGGUUGGCGAUGCUAGGAGGCAGUCAUCAGCUUCCAACAGAGGUCUUGGCCCUAUCCCUGUUCCUAGCGAUGAUAAAGCUCCAUUUGAGUCAAAAGAGGCUAAAGAGGUAGAGGCGCUGGUAAUGAACGUAAAGCAAGCCUUGGCAAAGCUUGAAGUUUGCCACAAUAUCUCGACUGGUGAAGUGAGGAGAGGUGUGAGGGUUUCACAUGGUACCCCCAGCAUAACAAAGAAAUCUGAAGUAACGAGGACUUGGUCAAAGAAGAUCAUGAUAAAGCCACAUAUGGCCAGUGAAUCACCUCAUUUCAAAGCUGUUGAUGUUGGUCUAGCUCCGAGGAAGCCUUUAACUAAAAAAAGCGUUGACACCACCACUAUUGAGAAAGAUGUUGAGAAAGACAAGGCUAAAGCCAUAACUAUUGCCAACGAAGGGAAAGACAAAGAAAUUGUUGAAGAGGCAAGGUCUGGGUCCAACCAAGGCAGUGACAACUAGUUCGUCAACAGUGGUGAGUCAUUAAAGAGUGAGAAUGGCUCUAAGUAAGAGGGUGAAGAUGAAGGCUUCCAUGGCAGCAUAGACAUAAAUAAGGCUAUCACAAGGAGCUUGAGUCAGACAUAGGCAAUGUUUUGAAAAAGCCUAUUCCCAAUAAGACAAAAUGGAUAUC